AUGGUCUCUGCCAGGAAGCGUGGGAGGCAGGAGAUGGAAACCAGCGAGAUUCCACAAGAACCGAGUAUGAUCGAUCGACUUAGGAAUAUGUGGGAAUUUGCAAAUCUUGCGCAAUGGAUUUUCAUCUUUGGCAGAACUGUCAAAAUCGAUGAGAAUAUUGGAAUCGAGGAACUUGAGUUGGAAUGUUCGAAAACACACUCGACUGUUCUGCCAGAGAUUGGCCUUGCGUUAUUAAAAUUCGUCUCUUCUCAUCGAGGACUAACACCUGAGAUUUUCGAUGAAUAUACAAGAAGACAAUAUGUUGCCAAAGCACCUGAGCACAAUCCUUAUGGUACUGAGGAGGAACCCGCAAAAAUCUUGCAACAACUUACCCAAUGGGCUAUGAUCAGCCCAGAACGUAUCCGUGAGAGAAUGGAAGAGACCAAGGAUAUUGAGCAGACCUCUUGGCGCAUUGAACCUUGUGGAUGGGAUUCGGAUGAUCGCGAAUACUAUGUGCUAGAUGACAAUCGACUUUAUCGUCGUACCGAACCUCCUCCGCCACCUCCCUCAGCUCCAGCAUACAAAAAGAAUUCAAAGAAGGGCAAGGCAGCUGCAAGAGCAAGUAAACGAAGAAAGACAACAGACACAGUUGAGAGUGAAACCGAAGGAUCAGCAGAAGUUCCAAUAGAUGAAAAGAUUGAUGAUGGAUUUGGAGGAGCAAAGUGGGAAUGCAUUGCUGUUUCGUUCGAAGACUUCACUACAUUUGCGGCAUCUAUGGAGAAAACCCGGGACCCAAACGAGAAGAUUCUACGAAAACGUAUUGUUGAUGAUGUUUUACCACUACUGGAAAAACAAGAAGAAGCCCGAAAACGCAAGGAAGUCCAAAAGCAGCGCGAAUUGAUCAAUAUUGAAAAGUUAGCCACGGCAAAGAGAUCCAGCAGAAUUGCCGGCAAGAUGGAGCAACAAAAGCAAGAAGAAGAACUCAGAGAGGCUGAACGUAAGAAGCAACAGGAUUUAGCAAUGGCAAAGAAAGAACAACAGAAAUGGCUUAAGCUGGAGAAAGAAAGAGAAUCACGAAUGAUGACUAGGGAACAGCGGGUAAAGGAGAGAGAAGCACGUCGCAUUCUUCAUGAAGAAGAAUUGGCCAAUCUUUCCGAGGAUAGUAAGAAGGUGGGAUCAGGCGAAGGUCGUCUCUCUGAACGUCACCUGAAGGCCGAAAUCGAAAGAAAGAAGCAGGCGCUUGAACAACUUAACGAGGAAGAUGACUGGAUUUUUGACUGCAUCUGUGGUGCUUAUGGGCAAAUAGACGAUGGUACUCACAGCAUUGCAUGUGAGAAAUGUAACAUUUGGCAGCACAGCAAGUGCGUUGGAGUUAGUGAAGCUGAGGCUGAUCGCGAGGACUUUGAAUUUAUCUGCACUACUUGCAAACGUCGUGCCGAAGACGCGGAGAAAGCCAAAAAUCAACCACCAAUUAAGAUCAAACUCGGUCGACCGGCAUCCUCAUCUUCGCCAGUACCAUCCAAACAAAAUGGCGUCUCAAAUAUGGACAAUGAAGCUUUGCCAAAUGGUAAAUCAUCAGCACCUCCAGCCUCACCACAGAAAGCAUUACCUAAAAUGCAUCUAUUCUCUACUACAAACGGUGCACGUAAGCCAGCCCAAUCAUCAAAGAUUUCUUCACCUCAGCGUCAAACCAAUAACGGUAAUCGACCGCCACCUAUCUUACCACCGAAGUUCACCAACAGGAAUGAGCGCGCAGGUUCUCCGGUCGGUAAAACCGAUGUUAGGCAAUCCAUUGAAGUCCCUAUGGGAGGAAGUCCAUCUCUGCCACGACACAAUGGCUUAGCUAACAGUAAUCCCUUCUCUUCACCUGUUCCUCACAGCCCAACAUCUCUUCCACCUCCAAAGAACUUAACAACAAAUGGUGCUCGGUACAACCGAUCUCCUUCUAAGCAUCAAAGCUCACCAAUAUCAUCGCCAAUUCAACAAAGUUUGGAAUUGCCUAAUCUCAAAAAUAAUGGAGAUGUACCAACACAACCACUUAAUGGUCUUCAUCGAGAGCAAAAUGAUCGUCGUAGCUCAUUCAACUUUUCGUCACCGCUUACAGGGGUUCCAGUAUUGACACCAUCUCAAAAGAAUGGGCCCAUUCCAAGCUCAUCUUUUGAACAAAAUGGUCAUGCCGCUACACCAAGUGGAACUUCAAGAUUCACUAUGAUAACUGCAUCAUCUCCAGGAUUGGAUCAAGAUCCACUUGACCCAGGUCAUGCAUCAGCUUUGCCCUCUUCAAUUAGCGGAAUAUCUCCUACAAAACAUUCCCCCCCUCGUCCAGCAUCAAAUGGGACAUCAACACCCGCUAUUCUCCCUCCAAUCGCUCCAUUAUCACCAAGUCCACGAUCACAAAACCUUACUCCGCCGGUAAAGCUGUCGGGGCCACAAUUGAGUAAGAAUACUGCUCCUUGA